AUGCCUGAAAACUCUCUCCCUGUGCAGACCAACGCGGUCCCCAUGGUGGCCGAAGAGCUUGAGACCGACGAGCUUGAUGUGCCGCCGCCACCGUACGGCGAUCACCAUCACCAGCUGCAGUUCUCUCGGUCUGGCUUCGCUGCUGAUGCCUCGGUCAACAACAACGGCCGUGUCAACAUCUACAUCUCCGAGAAGAACCGACGUCUUACUGAGCUCUUGGCCCCGUCCUUCAAGCGCGAGCACCACGCCCGCAUCACCCAACCGCAUCCCUCUUCCCCAGUAACGGGAGAGCCCCUCCCUCCCCCCUACAUUCCCCCUUCCCUUGGCGGUCAACCCGGACAGAUCCCUCCACCACGCCUGAAUGUCGUGAUCCAAAUCGUCGGCUCCCGGGGUGAUGUCCAGCCUUUUGUAGCCCUGGGACAGGUGUUAAGGGAUACCUAUGGGCACAGGGUUCGACUAGCGACGCACGCGACGUUUAAGGACUUUGUGGAGGAGAAUGGACUGGAGUUUUUCAACAUCGGCGGGGACCCGGCGCAGUUGAUGGCGUUUAUGGUCAAGAAUCCGGGGCUAGUGCCGGGGUUUGAGGCGAUCAAGAGUGGGGAUAUCAAGAGAAGACGCAAGGAGAUCGAGGAGAUCUUGAUGGGAUGUUGGAGAAGUUGUAUCGAGGCGGGCGAUGGGAUGGGGCCGCCGCCGGAGAAGGGGGAAGAUGGGAAGGUAAUAAUUCCAGAGGGGAAGAGGCCGUUUGUUGCGGAUGCCAUUAUUGCGAAUCCCCCGAGCUUCGCGCACAUUCAUAUAGCGGAGAAGCUGGGGAUUCCGCUGCACAUGAUGUUCACCAUGCCCUGGACACCAACCAAGACCUUCCCCCACCCCCUAGCCGACAUCGUUGCCUCAACCAACACCGACUCGGCCACAUCGAACUACGUCUCCUAUGCCCUAGUCGAAAUGCUCACUUGGCAAGGCCUGGGCGACGUGAUCAACCGCUUCCGCACCAAAGUCCUCGAGCUCGAACCCGUCUCCUUGCUCGGCGCUCCCGGCUUGCUCACUCGUCUCCGGAUUCCCGCUACAUACUGCUGGUCUCCCUCCUUAACCCCCAAACCGGCAGACUGGGCCCCGGAAAUUACCGUCUCCGGGUUCUACUUCCUCGAUCUAGAGUCAAAUUACGUCCCCGACCCGGAACUGCAGGCAUUCCUGGCGGCUGGCCCGCCCCCAGUGUACAUCGGCUUCGGCUCGAUCGUGGUGGACGAUCCGGAUGGGCUGACGAAGCUCAUCUUCAGCGCGAUCAUCAAGUCUGGCGUGCGAGCCCUCGUGUCCAAGGGAUGGGGCGGUCUAGGAGGCGACGCGCUUGAUGUCCCUGAGGGGGUGUACCUGCUCGGGAACUGCCCUCAUGACUGGCUGUUUAAGCAUGUCGCUGCUGUCGUGCACCACGGUGGCGCGGGGACAACGGCGGCGGGCAUCCGAGCCGGCAAGCCGACGGUUAUUGUGCCGUUUUUCGGAGACCAGAUCUUCUGGGGCAACAUGAUUGCGCGGGCGGGGGCCGGGCCGGCGCCGAUCCCUUAUAAGAAGCUGACUGCGGAGAAGUUAGCGGCGGCGAUUGAGUUUGCGCUAACGCCGGAUGUGAAGAGGAGGGCUGCGGAGUUGGGGGAGAGCAUUAAGGCUGAGAAGGGGGCUGAUGUAGGAGGGAAGAGUUUUCAUGAGUUUCUGAAUGUGGAGAGUAUGCGGUGCUCGUUGGCGCCAAGUCGGGUUGCAGUUUGGAGGGUGAGGCGGUCGAAGGUCAGGCUGAGUGCGCUUGCUGCUGCCGUGUUAGUGAAGGAGGGGGUGUUGAAGUACUCUGAUUUGAAGCUGUACCGUCCGAUCGAGUACAACACCGAGGAACGUCCAUGGGACCCCAUCUCGGCGGUGACGAUGGCCCUGGUUGGCGACAUCGGCGCCUUCACCAUGGCAUUAGCCGACUUCCCUCGUGAAAUCUUCAAGGGGGUCUCCCGCAAAGAUUCCAACACCACAACUGGCACUGAAACCCCUUCCUCAGGCCUCUCCCCAACAUCAACCUUCUCCCACAAACGCGCCAAGUCCAACAGUCAUCUCUCAGCCACCUCCUCAUCCACAACCCUCGUCUCCGAACCCCCUGCUCCGCGCCCACGCUCCUCCCACGGCCCAGCAACCUCCUUCGAUGAGCUCCUGCAAAAGAUUCCUACCCCCCACCAGCACCGGAGCCCCUCGCCCCGUCCCUCAACACCUAAACCCUCAUCCGACGAGAAAGAACCCUCUUCUUCGAACAUAAACCUCGACCUAGCCCUUGCAGCUGGAAAAUCCGCAGCGCGCAUCCUCACCGCUGGCAUGCGCUUCACGCCCAACGUAUGCCUCUCCCUCGCGCGCGGCUUCCGCAACGCGCCCCGGCUGUACAACGACGAGACCGUCCGCCCGCAGUCCGAAAAGGUCACCGGCCUCGCGACGGGCAUGAAAGUAGCGGGGAAGGAGUUCACUCUGGGUAUGUAUGACGGGAUCUCGGGGCUGGUGACUCAGCCGUUGAGGGGGGCUGAGAAGGAGGGCAGUAAGGGGCUGAUUAAAGGGAUAGGAAAGGGGAUUGGGGGUCUGAUAUUGAAGCCUGCGGCUGCGGCGUGGUCCCUUCCGGCAUAUGUCAUGCAGGGGGUUGAGAAGGAGAUGAGGAAUUAUUGGGGGAGAGAGGGGAUGAUGGGGAUUGUGGCAGCGAGGAUUAAGCAGGGGGAAGAGGAGUAUGGUUUGGCGACCGAGGGGGAGAAGAUGGAUGUUAUUAGGAGAUGGGGUGCGCUGGGGGAGGAGCUGAGGGAGUUCUGGAAUUGGAGGAGGAAGGAUCGGGAGAGGGAGAAUGAAGGAAACGGGGAUGGGGAGGGGAAAAGAGGGUCGUGGUUUAAGUGGAGGAGGAGCGUGCCAGCCACGCCGACGACGUCAGGGAAUACAGAGGGGGCUGGGGAGAGUCAGGUUGCUGCUUGGCAGGCCGUGGUUGGACAGAGUCAGGCAGGGACGGUGAGUUUCCCGUUUGACGAUGAUGCAGCGCUGGAGAAGGCGAUUAAGGAGUCUGUUCAACAGACGUCAACUGGUAAUGCGGAGGAAGAUGCCAUGGUUGAGGCGGCUAUCAGGGCAAGUUUGCUGGAGAUGCGGCGGGUGCAUGAGCAGCAGCAGCAGCAACAACAACAGCAAGCGCAGCAGGCUAUCACUCGGCAUGACGAUCCCAAAGAUCACAGUCCAGUCAUCACAGAUUACGAGCUGAGAAACAUCUCUGACGAAGAAUACCACGCCCUAAUCGAAGAAGCCAUCCGGCAGAGCAUGAUCGAGCACCAGAUCGAGCAGGCUCGUCUCUGGAGCGCUCAGCAUACGAAUCUCUCACCUACUCAACAAUCAUCUGUUCCCCCCUCCCCUAACCCGGCUCCAGCCUAUGCUCCCCCGAUAACCACAUCCCCUCCUCUCCCAAGCCACACAAGCACAUCUGCAUCUGGCACAACCCCCUCGCCCCCGAGACCCGAUCCCAUGGUCACAGUGCCAGUACCAGUAGUGCCAGUACCAAACGACGAAGAUGAACAACUCCGUCUGGCUCUGGAACAAUCAGCGCGGGAACAUCGGGAGCAAGAGGAGAGACAGGCAAAAGAGAGGUCAGAAGAGGAGAUUGUGUUGGAGUAUGUCAAGCGGCAGAGCUUGGCCGAGGAGGAGUUUCGGAGGUUGAGGGAGCAGAGAGAGCGAGAGGAAGAGUCAAGGAGAAGUAUUGUUGGGCCAAGCAAUCCGGCUGGUGAUGAAGAGGAUGAGGUGUUGAGACGGGUUUUAGAGGAGAGUUUGAGAGAUAGAUAG